AUGAACAAUUUAAUUAAAUUAUAAUCUAAAUUCCCUUCUGUUGUAUUAACUUCAAUCUAAGCUAUUGAAGGAACAUGUGGAGGAACUAUUUAAAAAUAUAAUACUGAGGAAUUAUUUAAAAAUAAAAGAGUUGUAUUAUUUAGUGUACCUGGUGCUUUUACUCCAACUUGCUCAGCUCAACAUGUUCCUGGAUUUUUGAAAUUAGCUAAUGAUUUCAAAACUUAAAAAAAUGUCUAAUUAAUUGUUUGCGUAUCAGUUAACGAUGUCUAUGUUAUGGAUGCUUGGAGAUAAAAUUAAGGUAUCAAAAACAAUGAAAUAUUAAUGCUUUCAGAUCCGAAUGGUUAACUUGCUUAAUAAACUGGAUUAACUUUAGAUUUAAUUGAUAAAGGUUUAGGACUUAGAAUGAAAAGAGCAGCAUUUUUAAUAGAUGAUGGUAUAGUUAAACAUUUUGCAGUUGACGAAGGUAAAUUCCAUGAUACUAGCGCAGAAGAAGUUUUCAAAGCUAUCUGA